AUGACCUGGAUAAUCAACGGAUCCCCAUCCCUAGACCAGCAAUCCCAAUGGCAAGCAAUCACCAUCACAACCCUCAUCUUCACCACAUCCAUGCUUCUCGUCGUCUCCCUCCGCUUCUGGAUCCGAAGAAGAAUUCUCCACAGAGAGGACUGGCUCACGUUCGGCACGAUGCUGUUUAGUAUCAUCUACAGCGCUUCCGUCAUUCUUCAAACGAGAUAUGGACUGGGUUUGCCGGUGGUUUUGCAACCUGUGCAGGAUUGGCGGAAAUAUAUGAUGAUUAAUUAUGUUUCGAGGCCGUUUUAUUUGUUGGGGCUUGCAGGAUUCAAAUUAGCUCUCUGUACCAGCUAUCUUCGCAUGACGCAGGGAAGCAACGAUCGUACUUAUCGACGAAUCAUCGUGGCAGUGGCGAAUAUUUCGACCUUUUCGCAUAUCAUCUUCGUGGUGCUGUACUUGUGUCAAUGUGUUCCCUUAUCGGAGAUGUUCAAUCGGGAUGCUGAUGGAACAUGUAUUCCCUUUGCGCCACUCAAUUACUCCAUUUCGGUCGUGGUCAUCUUAUGUGAUGUGACCAUUUUCCUCCUGCCCAUGCCUCUCAUCUACCGGUUACAUCUCGAGAGAUCGAUCAAGAUUGGCUUGGCUAUUGCGUUUGCAUUGGGUCUUCUCACCACCGUGCUUUCCAUCAUGCGAGCCACUCAGAUCCAUCGAAUCGCCUACGGAGACGGAGACGACACUUAUUUUGUGAUUCGAAGUGCUUUGGAGAUGAACAUUGGAGUACGUAUGCACCUUUUUCUUUUCUGUGAUACCCACUGA